AUGGGGUUCCGCAGAGGUGAUCGAGUCGAAGUUGCGAGUAAAGAGGAAGGGUUUCUUGGUUCGUACUACGCUGCGACAGUGAUCGCAGAGGUUCUCGGGAAGGAUUACAUUGUGCAAUACAAGACCCUGUUGAAAGAUGAUAGGUCCGGACCCUUGAGAGAGAUUGUCACCGCCGGCGACGUCCGGCCUCGUCCACCUCAAAUUCCGGCGACAUCCUUUGGAUUGUACGACAAGAUCGAUGCGUUUGACAACGAUGGUUGGUGGGUCGGAAGGAUUGCUGGCAAAGUUGGGUUGGAUUAUUUGGUCAAUUUUGAGACCACAUGGGAUCAGAUCGUUUACCCAAUGAGUCGGUUGAGGGUUCAUCAGGAAUGGGUGAAUGUCUCGGGUUAUGUAUUAAGGAUUGUAUUUCUUGUUACUUAUUGUAGAGAAGCUUUAAUGAUGUUUUAUGAUCUUGAUUUUGCUUCGAUUUUCAAGCUUGAUGCUUUAAUUGGGUGA